UGUUUUGCUUGGUUCGACACCCGUCAGCGAAUGUGGAUGGUAGGCGUCCUGCAGGUCGGGUUGCCCAAGACAGUCAGUCGGGGGAGCGAUGGGUGAUGGCGUGGAGCCUGGGGGCGAAUGAAAAUCGAGAAGGGAGCGUCGGGGAAGGUAGAGUCGUGACAGUCGAGUCGAUCGAGUCGCAGGCGUCGAGUCGGGUCGGCAGGGCGUCCUGACUUUUGGGGCUGCUCGAAAGUCAUACAAACAUACAAAGUCAGAAAAGACAGGACCCCAACAGGCGGGAAGGCAUGCAGGUUAAGGGAACCAGGGAGCGGCAGGAGGCGAGAGGAAGCGAAGCUAAAAGAGGCGUGUGCGGCGAUGAUGUCUGUUUUUACAUCAAGGGGGUGGUGGGCUGUUGGAGAUGGAAGCGGCACAACACGGGUGUAGGUUGCGAGUGCGCUGAAAAGAGGGGGCGAGAUGCGCUGCGAACCGGAAAGCUCGAAAACUUUUCGGUGGUCUGGCCCUGGGGGCGGCGGUCAGAUGUUGAGUGCUGGGCUGGGUUGCCCUGCAUGCGGCAACAGGAACUUGUGACUAGCGGGUUGCAAAAUUGCAGAUUCGAGACCGACAAAUUCUUUGUGAUCUUUCGGGGACAAGCAAAACUGCCAGCGACUUCCUCCCACGGAUUCUCCGGCCGCAGGCGACCGACGAAAGUAACAAAAAAAAAAGUCGGCUUGUGUCAGCCGACGCGGGUGCGCACUGUAGGUCGGCGGGCGUGUGAGCAGGCAACAAAAAUUUUAAUGGGUCUACAGAUAGGUUUCGACUUGGUUCGGUAGCGACGCACAGCUGCUUUAUCCAAAACCUCAAAAAUCCGGUCAAUGGACCGCGGUGAUUG